UCCGGCGUGAGACCUGUACUGCCAGGCCGGGGUUCAUGGCUUCCUCCAGGACGCUCGGCACUUUCCGUCUCCCGCCGUUGCCCACGAUUCGAGAAAUCAUUAAGUUGUUUAGACUGCAAGCCGUGAAGCAGCUAUCCCAGAAUUUUCUUCUGGACUUGAGGCUGACAGAUAAAAUUGUAAGGAAAGCUGGCCAUCUGACAAAUGCUUAUGUAUAUGAAGUGGGCCCUGGGCCUGGGGGAAUCACAAGAUCCAUUCUCAAUGCCGGUGUUGCUGAACUUCUGGUGGUUGAAAAGGAUAGUCGAUUUAUUCCUGGAUUACAGAUGCUUUCUGAUGCAGCACCUGGAAAACUGAGAAUUGUCCAUGGAGAUGUCUUGACAUUUAAGAUAGAAAGGGCGUUUCCGGAAAGUCUCAAAAGACAGUGGGAGGAUGAUCCUCCAAAUGUACAUAUUAUUGGAAAUCUGCCUUUUAGUGUAUCAACCCCACUGAUUAUCAAAUGGCUUGAAAAUGUUUCUCAAAGAAAUGGACCAUUCACAUAUGGUAGAACCCGGAUGACACUGACUUUUCAAAAGGAAGUGGCAGAGAGACUUACAGCUACUACUGGAAGCAAACAGCGAAGUCGCCUCUCCAUUAUGGCCCAGUACCUCUGCGACGUUCAGCACAUCUUGACAAUUCCAGGUCAGGCUUUUGUCCCCAAACCAGAGGUGGACUCGGGCGUGGUGCACUUCACCCCACUGCCCCGGCCCAGGAUCGAGCAGCCCUUCAAGCUGGUGGAGAAGGUGGUUCAGAAUGCUUUUCAGUUCCGAAGGAAAUACUGCCAUCGAGGGCUCGGAAUGUUAUUCCCUGAAGCUCAGCGAUUAGAAAGCACAGGAAAACUGUUAGAGUCGGCAGAUGUGGACCCGACUCUCCGACCUACCCAACUCACUGUCUCACAUUUUAAGAGCCUCUGCGAUGUGUACCGAAAAAUGUGUGAUGAAGACCCACACCUCUUUGCUUACAAUUUCAGAGAAGAACUCAGGCAAAAGUCAGAAAAAAGAGGAUGACAAGGAGAGCUGCAGACUGUAGCUGCUACUUCAGGGGCUGCCAGCCUGCCAGGUGUUGAACUUCUCAUAUGUGCUCACGGCUGUGACUUACUCCCCUUUUACAGCUUGGUAAAGAGAAUAAAUAUCAAGUAAGAUACAGUACAAGCUUUAAUAUACAUAUAUAUAGUGCAUAGAUGUGACAUGUUUAGUAUAAACAGCAUCUAUUACAACCUUACAAAAAUGAAGUCUCUGCACAUUGUACCCCUAACCCACAUUAGAAUAAUUUAAAUAUGCUUUAAAUAAAGUGAAACCUAAUAGUUGAAAGAAAGUAUUGGAGAAAAAAUGACCUUUUAAAAGCUAUUAAUCACAACUUCCCCACUUUUUUCUACAUAAAUUAGAAUGCAUUCGUCUUAAGGAUUCUAAAUCAUUUUGAUACCUGCUCAAAAGGGAUAUAAACUAAGUAAUUUACAAAUUCUGACCAGUUUAAGCUAGUUUUCUGAUCCACAAUAAAUUAAAAUAACUUAAGUCUUUACAGCUAUUUGUGGGAAAAUGUAUCCUGCACAAAACCUAAUGAAUAGUGUUUCUGCAAUUUUCAUUUCGCCACCAGUUUAAAAGUGAAACCAGCAAUGUAACCCGUAUCUGGGUUGGACUGUGCUAGGACUUUCCAUGGCUCUCUGUUUCAUAAAAGCACUCUUCGUUGACAACCGACGUUAAGCUCUGGACACUGAAUUCUCGCUCGAGGACAGAGCUGAGAUCAAGGUUGGCGUUUCCAGGAUGACUGUCCAGGGACUGGUGACGCGUCUGCGCCUUCAGCAGGGUGCCCCUGUCCCGCUUGGUGCUGUUGGCCUUGCGUUUGAUGGCGCAGAAGUGCCCCCGCACCAGCUUGGGCUGCCCAUCCUUGCCGGGCGGCUCUUCAGCCGGGUGAGCGUCGGGGUCCUCAGAGAUCCUCAGUCUCUGGAACUGGAUCUCAAUGUCUUUGGUGGGGCUGCCCCGCCUCCGAGCCUGGGGGUAGUCCUCCUCCUCGUCGCUCAGAAUGUCGCUCUCUUUGAUGAGACUGUCGGAGAAGUCGGCCAGGCCCGAGUGGGGGUGCUGCUGGGUGUCCUGCCUGCUCCCGGCAGGGGGGCAGCCGCUGCUCUGGGUGCUGCUGCUCAGGCUGCCCUCGUCCGAGUCCAGGGAGCUGCCCUUGCCUGGCUCCCCCGGCCACUCGCUGCUGGAGGAAUUCUUAAGGACUUUUAAGGACCUGGAUGAAGCUGCAAUGAGAAAAGCACACGUUCCCUUAUGACGGAGGAACUGAUUCUGAAUGUGUAAUGUUGGCUUUGGAGGUUAUGAGAGUUAACAUCUUAAUUAAAAUUUUUUCAUUUCACUUCAGUUACCAACUGUCCUGGGACUUGAGCAAAAAAAAAAAAAAAUGUAGAUACUGCAAAUAUGGACCU